GUUUUCACUUACAUCAUCAUAACGAAUGUCAUCUCAAAUCACAAAGAAGCCAUCUUUAAAGCUAUAAUUAAACAAGAAGACGUUGGAUACAUUGGCAAAGGAGAAGACUCUUGUUCCUCCCAGCUCCAAAUGCUCUUAGAAGACAGUCUCUUCUAUAAAUGUAAGUAUAACUAUAAUAAUUCAUGUAGACAACCAGUUGCACAUCGUCAUCUUCCAAAUAAAACCACCCCUAUAAGGAAUCAAAGUCGAAUGCCUCCAAAAGUUCAGAAGAACAUUCACAAUUAAUUCAAUAUUUGCUCUAAGAAAAUAUUGAAUUGCAGAAACAGAACCAAGACAAGGAUUAAUUGAUAAAUUUCUUAAGUAAAAAACACUCCCCAAAGAGAAGAUCUAUAAUAAACACAGAAAGGAGCACUGAAAUCAAAUCUUAAAAACUUCCUUAGAUUUAAUAAGCUAAAAGCUCUUUAGAGAUCGAUAAGUAGUUAUUUCUCUUAAUUCAAACUUAGUUUAAACGAUGGAGUCUGCACACCAUUUUGUUUUACAUUUUGUCAAUAAGAUAUUCAAAGUCAAUAAAGUGUAAGAAAUAAAAAAUUGCCUAAAGAAUUUUAAAUUGUACCAAACAAAAAAAGAUAUUUUAUAUGA